ACUGGGCCUCACAGUAGACCCGGCCGAUGACGAACGUUCAGUUGUUUUGCACCAGUUUCGCAUACGGAUGUCACGAGAGUGAGAGGAAAAAACUAUUUCAACUGUUUGUUAGUUGUCAGUCAAAUUAUAGUGUGGGUGUUAGAAAGGACUUUGAGUAAUUUGUGUUUUGUUGUUGUUGUUGUUGUUGAAGAUGAAUAUCGCGGUUUUCGAGCACCACCAUCAUCAUAUUGGGAAUAAACAAGCAGGCGUUUACGGUGCCUACGGACCGCCUCCGGCCCAAAUAAAACAGGAAGCGGACUCCUCAACUUCGCCCCUCCUCACUCCGCCUCACACCCCGACUUACCCGUCGCACUCCCCACCUCUGACCUCCAACUAUCAGCCGCCCCCGGAGGUGAACAACAAUUGGUACCCUGAAACGGGGUUCGUUCCCUCACGGUAUUUGGGCACGUCCGGAGUGAUGCAGUACCAUCCGGGGUACAACGCCGCCUUCGUCAAUCAGUGGCUGCGCAGUGCCGCCAUGUACCACCAGCACUUUCGGUACGACGUGAGGAGCAAUGGGAGGCAGCAAGUGCCGCCCCCGGGCAAGUUAGGGGCGAGCACCCGCCCCAAGAAGCAGUUCAUUUGUAAAUAUUGCAACAGGCAGUUUACCAAGAGUUAUAAUUUGCUGAUUCAUGAAAGGACCCAUACGGACGAGAGGCCUUAUAGUUGCGAUAUAUGCGGGAAGGCUUUUAGGAGGCAGGAUCAUUUGAGGGAUCAUAGGUACAUUCACUCGAAAGAAAAACCGUUCAAGUGCACCGAGUGCGGCAAGGGCUUCUGCCAAUCGCGCACCCUGGCGGUGCACAAGAUCCUCCAUAUGGAAGAGUCACCGCACAAAUGCCCCGUCUGCGCGAAAUCCUUCAACCAACGGUCGAACCUCAAAACUCACAUGUUGACCCACACCGAUCGGCCGUUGGAGUGCACCAAGUGUCAGCAGUACUUCGCCUCCUACCACGAGCUGAAGAACCACGAGAUCUUCCGGUGCGGAACCCACGGAUCGGAAGUGCAAGUCACCACGACCAUCGAGGUGGAAAAGAACGGGACCGACUUAUUGGACUUGACCAAGAAGGAGGAGGAGGACAGCUGCGAGGACGAGGAGGAGGAGAUCAUCGUGGAGGUGGAAAAGGUGCCGCCCAAGAAGUUGGGGUUCAGCAUAGAGGACAUCAUGAGGCGCUAAGGACCGUUUGGUUGUGUUUUGUUUUUAGUUCUACCUCCGUUAAGACUGACCCUUGAAGUUACCCAUGAUGGUUCAGCGCCAAAUUGUACAGUAUUAAACCAUAGAGGGAGAUUAUUUAUAUAUAUCAUAUAAUAUAUUGUUUCGUUAUAUGUACAUAUAGGAUUAAACCGAAGUAAAUACAUGUUUUAUUUUGA